GGAUCUGUUAUCCUUCGCUUGUCCAUGGACAUGGCUGCCCCGACUGUUCCCUACAGGACCACGGCUCCUCCCCUUCCAGAGUCCGACGGCCAUGAAGACGGCUCAUCAGGGGGCAUGGUCCUCCUCGACAGGUGGUGCCUCAUCGCUGACCUGCCCAACGCCAGCACCGGCGUGGGCACCACGAGCACCGGCUUGCGCAUCCAGGCGACCUUCCACCCCGCCCGCCCGCCGCUUCUCUCCCGCUUCUGCGUCCACUGCCCCGGCCUCGACUUCCGCCGCGUGGUGCCUAAGAUCAUCGCCUCCGACGCCGAUCUCGUCCUCCUCUGCGUCCCCGUCAACCCCGACAGCAUCGCCAACGCACGAGGUUUGGACUACUUUGUCUACAGGCCGCGCGCCCAUCGGCUAGAUCUGCUCCCGAACCCGCACCCCGUGUACCUCCACGACUCUAUGACUGCCCUCCUCAGCCGCCAAGACGGCGCCUGGUAUGCAGUCGCCGCCCUGGGUCUUGGCCCCCCGGUGUACAAAGGCGGUGCGCCCGUUAGCUGGGAUUUCUACCUCCACCUCUACAGAUCCACCUCCAGUUCCAAAGGUUGGACCUCCAAGCGGUUAUCGGUGACCGAGUUCAUCAGAGACAAGUUUAUCCCUAUACCUGCCUCUGUCGACAGGCUGUACCACGAGACAGGGAAGACCAUCACGGUCGGCGGCGAGGGUGGCACCGUCGCCUGGGUGGACCUCUGGCGUGGCAUCUUCCUCUGCGACGUGCUCGAUGAGUUCCCUGCGCUCCGGGACAUCCCUCUGCCGUGCCCAGCGAGGAGCAACAGGGAUCUCUUCCUGAUACAAUAUGACCCCAGCUAUUUCCGGGAUGUGACCAUCAGCCGAAACAGAGACUCUAUCAAGUAUAUUGAGAUGGAAAUGUGGUCACCAAAAGAGCCGAUGAAUACCACCAGCACUCCUGUUUCUUAUGUGGAUUGCGUGCUCAAUAACACAAGGAAAUCCCAGGUAAUCCGUGACGACUGGAAGGCCACAACAUGGAGCAUGCCAAUGCCGGUGAUUGGUUCUUCGUGCGAGCACUGGCACCGUGACUGUGAGGUUGGUGUUAAAGACAUCACCUUGGGUGCCAGCAACCCAUGUCGUUCUAACUUGAGCUUCAGCGAGAUCGUGGAAAUGUUCAAGGAACUUCCAAUGGUAAACCCCACCAUAAGCAUGGAUGAUGAUGUUGUUUUCUUGCUUUCUAGAACCAGUCCCAGUCCCAUGGACAAGUUGCAUUUGGUGUUUGCUAUUGAUGUGAGGAAGAGGACGCUGCAAGGAUUAACCAAGCUUGAUGUCCAGCCGCAGAACUCCGUUUGCAUGGUCACCUUAUGCACCAGUGAGAUUUGCAGGUAUCUGAGGAAUAUUACAGUCACAGGCGAAGCACUUAAUGAACUGGAAAUUAGCUCUUAAAUUGGCCAGGACAAAGAAGCGUGUCAGAUGAUGCAACUUGAGCUUGUUGAUUUAUGAAAAUUGGCCGUGUUUAGUUUCACGCCCAAUUUUUUUUAUACGGACACACAUUUGAAAUAUUAAACGUAGUCUAAUAAUAAAACAAAUUACAUAA